AUGGAGGACUUGCCUGCCUUCAGAGUGCCGGAUGAUGUCAUCGAGGCUUUGUCUGCAACGGCAGAUGGACUCAAAGCCCGAGCAGAUGUUCUGCUCGAAAAGCUGUCUGACAUCACACAUGACAAGCACCUCCCGGGGACAUCUUGGAAAGAGAACCUGAGUGCCAAGGCGACUGUUGCUGAGAUCCAGCUCGCGGCCGGCGUGCAUCUGGACAACGAUGUUUCAGGUUUGCCGGCGUUGCUCAGCGAGUUGAUCGAGGCCGAAUAUGCAGGGGCAGUUCACAAUGCCUUCGUUUCGUGGCACAAGAAGAUCAAGUUCUUGACCCCCCGCAAUGAUGAUGACCCUUCUGGUCCCUCUAGGUUGACGAAGGUCUUCUCUCAGCUUGCGGCCUCGACCGGGGAUCAGAUCCAUUACGGCUACGUCUUCAAAAGCGAAGGUAUGCUGGCAAAUGGCAUCGUGGAGCCUGACAAAGAC